UGUGGUGUCCUCAUAAUCAAGUGAGUCAGCAAACAUAACGUGUCUCCCAACAACAACAACCUUCAAACACACAUUUAUGUUUAGCAAGUUCCCUUUGCAUGACAUAAAAGCCCAGUCAUCACCACAGUUCCUUGCUGACAUGAAGAAUAAUAGGGAAGUUGUACAAUCUGACCUGUGAGUGUAUAUUCUGAGGAGAGAGAAACAACACUGAGUUCAGUAAAGAGCAGAGGAGGGCAGACUGGUAGACAAGGCAGCAGAAGGACUGGGGAUAGGCCGAAGAGAAAAGGUGAAAGCCAGGAGAGCCCUACAAAACAAACCACCACAGCAGGAAGAUGGGAGGACAAGUGGCACGAAGCUGCUGGCUGCUCCUCACACUCUCUCUGACAGGUGUUCUUGCUGGUAAUUGGUCGGUUCAUCUCCCCUCCAGUCCCAUCUGUGCUGUGAUUGGUUCUUCGGUGAUUCUCCCUUGUUCCUAUGACUACCCUCAAAGUUCUAAUGAAACCAGGGGAGAGGGGAAGCUCUCUACUCAGGGUGGAGGAGGUGAAGAAGGACAACAGUAUAAAGUUUUGUCUGAGAUGUGGUGUCUCGAAAACAGCCGCUGUAUCACCCCACGGUAUGUGUUCCACAGCGCUGGUAUUUUCCCAGAUCCAUCUUACCAGAACAGGGUGCAGUACCUGGGACAACCAGGAACAAAGAACUGUUCUCUGAAGAUUUCUAAUCUGAGACAGUCAGACAGUGGAAACUACGUGUUUUACCUCAUCACCAGCCAUCCAACACAGAAGAUGCCAGCGCAGAGAGGCAUACAGCUAUUGGUGGCAGACUCUUCUUCUGCAGUCACAGCAUCAGUGAGUCCCUCCACUGGCAUCAGUGAGCGUGUGGCCGUACGUCUGGCUUGCUGCAGCCCUUCAGCCAGUCCGCAGGUCAGUUACAGAUGGUUCAGGAACGCCAGCACCACCACAAGACAUGAUGGACAGGUGUGGAACAUCAGUGAAGUUACAUCUGAUGACUCUGGCAGCUACUACUGUCAGAUACAGACUGGAGAUAAAGUGCAGAACUCAGCGAUGCUGGACAUUGAUGUAGAGUACGCUCCUCGAAAUACAAUUGUCUCAGUCUCUCCUGCUGGACAGCAACAAAGUGCGCUUCCUGUGACUCUGACCUGCAGCAGUGAUGCUAACCCACCUGUCCACACGUACACCUGGUACCAUGGUGCAGCAUGUCUCCCUGCAACAGACAAAAGCUUCCAUCAAGCAAGACAAUCCCUGGCUUCACCCACAGGAAGAGGCUCCACGCUCAGCAGUGUCAACAUCACGGCUGAGGAAGACGAGAAGCACUGCUGCGUAGCACGCAACAGACAUGGAUCACAGACUUACACUGUAACACUUCCAGGUCCCGUUGCAAAGGCCACAUCUGAGUCUAGAAGAAGCAAAGCGGUGCUUAUUGGAGUUACCGUCGGUGUCCUGGUGCUUAUUCUAGCCGUAAUUGCCUUUCUUAUGAGAAGGAGACAGAUGUCAUCCCAACACCAGUCGUAUGUCCUCACUUCCACAUAUACCACAGAGCCGUAAGGACUCAGCAAGACCAGGACUCACUGUGUACAAAGUCAUAUCUGCAACACCCUACAGCCACCAACAGCACAAGACACUUUUUUUUAUAUAUAUUUAACAACCUCACGAUAAGCAGAAUUUUUCUCCAGCACCCUCAUACACUCCUGUGCACUUACUUUCUCACCUCAUGUUGCAGACACCUUCAAAUUAGUAUUGCACCGCAUGCUGUGGCACAGUUCAUAUCCUUCUCGUCCUCACGACUUAACACAGAGGAAAAACUACUUUCAAGACUCACUGCUGACAGUGAGCUCAGUUCACACAGUGAGAGAGUGGGAACCUGGAGAUCACACAGUGUGAUGGACAUUACGCUCCGACACAUUACUCUGGAAACCUUCAUUCCUGGAUUUCAACGCACCAAGCUGAACGAGGAUGGACUUGGACUUAGUAACGACUGAACCACAGGAAACAGUGUUGGAAUAUAUUUGAAUGUUAUAUUGUAUAUUAUAUUCUGUUGGCUCUCGGUUAUCUGA